AGUGAUGCUACAGGUGAGACAUGUUUGAGAAGUAAGUUGACUGUUGAAACCGGCCCCAGGGCACCGUGGUGUUCUUGUUUCAUAGUUCCAUUUGGUUUGUGUGAAAGAAACCCCUCGGUAUGCCGUCGGAUCAAUCAGCUGGUGACAGCAUGGCCUCAGGGUUACUUAACACAACAAACGUUUCAGACCCUGUCGAAAUGGUGAAGUGUAACCAGUCGGCUAAUAUUACUGAAAACUGUACAAUGGAGAAGGUUUUCGUACAAGGUAUUUCACAUGGUCCAAUAGCAAUCCUGGUUCCGAUACUAUUUGGGAUUAUUUUCAUCGUUGGAGUGAUCGGAAAUGGCACAGUAAUUUUUACGGUUGCUCGGAACAAGGUCAUGAGAAAUGUCCCAAACAUUCUCAUUGUCAGUUUAUCAUUGGGAGAUUUGCUUCUUAUCUUGGUGUCAGUUCCAUUUUCUGCAACAAUAUAUACAUUAAAGUCAUGGCCGUACGGGGAAACAAUCUGUAAGUUUAAUUUCUACAUGCAGACCAUGUCCCUAGGGGUGUCAGUGUUCACCCUCAUUGCACUGAGCGCUGACAGAUACAUGGCCAUCGUGGACCCAAUGAGUAAAAUAACAGGGAAGACAAUUGGCAAGGCUAUGACAGUGGUAGGGGUCAUCUGGGCAUCGUCGUUCCUUCUUGCAAUCCCGGAUUGGAUCUUCUCUAGCACUUCAGACUUUCGAAUGGAGGAUGGGAACUACGGAUACAUGUGUACACCAUACCCUCUUGCGUUAUAUCCUGCUUAUCCCAAAACUCAGGGUUUGAUUCGUUUCGUAGUAUUCUUCGCCAUCCCCGUGGUGACCAUUGGAUUCUUCUACCUUAUGAUGGCGUAUAUUCUCAUCCAAAGCGGACAAAGUAUGCCGUGUGAAGGCAGCAAGAGCGCAAUGAACCAGCAAAGACAGAUAGCUGCAAGGAAGAAGGUGGCGAAAGUAGUCUUGUCCUUUGUGUUUAUAUUCCUCAUAUGUUGGCUGCCUCGUCAUAUAUAUAUCCUCUGGUUCUUCUAUGACGAGUAUGGUGAGUACAACGACUUCUGGUACGGAUUCCAAAUCUUUGGCUUCUGUUUGACUUUUGUGAAUUCCUGUGUUAACCCCCUAGCUCUUUACUUCCUGAGCAGCCAGUUCAGAAAGUUUUACAAUAAGUAUUUGUUCUGCUGUAUCCCAACCGUCAGGGUCUACAACCCACUGGAGCCCACGUCGACGAUGCACAACUUCAACAGCACUGUUCGCAGGGCAAGCUCAACGACCAACACGAUGGUUCAUUCUAUGUCCCAGUCCAUGUGCUAAACUGACCUUGGUUAUACCAUAUGUUCCCAUGCUCAAGUAAGUAAGGCCUAAUAACACUCAUCAGGCCUGGCUUGACGAUACGAUCAAUAGUACAAUAUACGUCGUGAUAUCGAUGAAUCCUCUUUGAAGUAUUUAAUACCAUAUUUCAAGAACCUUCAGUCUAUGUCUAUCAAAGGAUUCUGAGAUAUUUCAUUGUGUAACUUUUCAACCCGAAAACUUCAACGAUAAGCAUGAUGAUACUCCAACUGUCCAAAGUGAAUAUGCUUAAUGUCCAAAGUGUAUGCGAUGUAUCUCCGUAUGGCUCCGCACAUGGUUCAUCGCCACACGACCACAAGAACUAUUGACGUUAAUGUCACACGUGGCGCGACUGAUAUUUGAGAGGAAUAAAGUCCUACCCGUGCGUGGUCCGGUCAGCUGUGAUUAUUGAUUUGUACUAACAGCUCAGUGAAAUAACGAGAACGAAAGGUAUUGCGUUUGGAAUGACUUGUAGCAGCACUGGUGUUUACCAUACACAUUAUGUUACACAAUUACACACGGAUUUGUGUAUUACAAAAGUGCUACAAUAUAUUUCUCUUCU